AAUGGGUAUUUCUGGUUUAAAAAUUGCCUCCCAAAUGGCUAUACUUAAUGCUAAUUAUAUGGCAAAAAGAUUAGAAAAUGCUGGUUAUCGAGUUGUUUAUAGAGACGAACAAGGCUUAAACGCUCAUGAAUUUAUUAUAGACUGCAAACCUUUCAAGCAUGUUGGUAUUGAAGUGGAUGAUAUAGCUAAACGUUUAAUGGAUUUUGGAUUUCAUGCACCAACAAUGCAUUGGCUAGAUUUUUAA